AUAUCGGCGACGGCGACACAGUGACGACGUAGAACGACGUGCGGCCAGAGAACGAAGCGCCCGGGCGCGCGCGUCAGGAGGACGAGGUGCGUCGCGUGGAUUAUAUACCGCAGUGUGUGAAUCCGCUCCGCGCGGCUUUCGGACUCCGCGUCGUCCGGCCGGAGGAGACAGUCGGCGAACGCGCCGACGGUGGUAGUAACCCUGACCUGACCCCGCGCGCGCCUACGCUACGCUCCUCGGUUUCGGGCUAGCGCUCGCGUUCGUCAGUGUCUCCGCGAGACUCACCGUGUGCGCGCGCGAACAAAUAUACAUCGGCGAGUCCUUCUCCUCCUCCUCUCUCUCUCUCUCUCUCUCGCUCGCUCUCUGUCGCUCGCUGUUUCUCUCACCUCUCCGUCCGCCGCGCGUCUCGCACGUAUACACAUACACACACACACACACACCCAACGAGCUUAUCGGCGAUCGAUCGAUCGCGCGCGCGCGCCAAGCAGCCAGCCAGUCAGUCAGUCAAGCAGCCGAUAUCGCCGAACAGCGCGGAACAAUCGGCGAUCGGCGUCGACUGCACGCGACUGUCGUCCCGCGAGUGUUGGCCGCGGCGAAACCUGGCCGUUCCUCGUAUACGCCGCCACCCCUCUCUCUUCUCUAUCUCUCUCUCCCUCCCUCCCUCUCUCUCUCUCUCUCUCUCUCUCUCUCGCGCGUACGAUUGGGGUGAAUCCGCGGGUUCAGUGUGAGUAGAGACCGCGUCGGAGUCGCCCGCGAUCGGCCGCGAAGGACACGCGAUCGCUUCCUCCGUCAGGCUUCGUCGUCUCUCGUGGGGGUAAAACAUAUCGUGUACGCUAUACACACUCUUUCCUCCCGCCCUCCUCUCCCGUCCUCCGCCUCCUCUCCGCCCUCCUCCUCCACCUCCUCCGUCUCCUCCUUCGCCGCGAUACCAUCCGCGGGGCGACCUCGUAUCGUAGUCGCGUGUGUGUAGUGGUAGUGGAAAGCAAAAGGGGGUAACCUCGAACGUCGUGCACACGGCGGAACGGAACACGGCGCUUGGGUGAGCGAGCGAGCGGGCGAACGAGCGGGCGAGCGAGCGAACGAUCGAACGAACGCGGGGGAGGCAGGCCAGGAGCGGCAACGAGCAGCGCUUCGCAGAGCGCCGCGAUCGACGAUGACAACGCGCGUCGCCGAGUGAGGAGCUGGCUGCGAGCUCUCCGGCAGCCAAGAGGAUGCCACGGGGACAGAGUCGCUGCCGAAUCGUACCUGGGCGACGUGGCGUUCGCGAGAUCUAGAGGAGCGUUCGCGCGAGCUGGGCGAAAACAGAGUACGACAGAGAGGGACAGAGAGGAGAGUGUCGGGCUGAGGGAAAAAACGGGCGAGCGCGAACGUUGUCGAGAAGGAGAGAUUACGCGCGUCGUGGGUCUUCGGGAAAAUAGAGCGAGCGUGAAAAUAGAAGGAGGAACGUGAUAAGAGACGUGGAAGCACCGUCGACGAGAUAGAUAAAAGUUUCCGGGACCUCUCGCCGUGGCUGUUUUUACGCGUGCGGCCGUCGAUCGAUAGUUUGUGCCGCGGGCUCUCGUGCCGGACAGAAACGACGGCGAACACACUACGUGAAGGACGCGCGCGGUCCUCUCGCGUUCGAAUACAACGAGCAGCCGACUCGCGAGUUACGGGCUCCGUGUCGGUGGGACCUGGAGUAGCGGAAGGGAGGAAGUUUCCAGAGGGGCCUAGCUGCUGCAGUGUCGGCUACCGCGACGCUCGUGAACAUCGCGCGGACGGACGUGAGCAUCGGUGACCGGAAGUCCCGGUGAUUUAUGGGGGACUUCAGCACGACGAGUCUCUUCUCGAGUACCUUGACCGGCCCGAGACUCGGCAGCACGAGCGGUAGCAACACCCUCCACGGCUCCACCGUCGCCAGCAGCAUCACCAGCAGUGGCGGCAAUAAGAACAACAACAGCCACAGCCACAGCCACAGCCACAGUCACAGUCACAGCCACAGCCACAGCCACAGCCACAAUAACAAGAAUAGCAGCAGCAACGUAAACGCCGCCGUUACCAUCGCGACAUCCACGAUGCAGGACGAUCUGCUGAUCGAGAAGCAAGCUGCCGGCAAGCCGGCCCCGCUCUCGCCGAGCAGCGCGCUCGACGCUGUGGCCGGUCAGGACAAAUCCAAGGACGUGGUCGAGGUCGAGAGCAUCGCGAUCACGCCAACCACACCAUCCUCCACGGACAAGGACAUCUCAUGUAGCACGUCGUCGGCGUUGCAGGGCUUCGCUGAUCCCGGCAGAGUGCCCAGUCUCUGGUCCGCGCCGGACGACAGCGGCUUGCACGCCCUGCCGGUGAACGGCUCGAUCGCGGCGUUCCAAAAUUUCCCAACCGGUGGGCCCGCGGGUCUCUUCGCCAGCAGCGGCGCCGCUGCGGUCUCUAGCGGCACCCGACGCGCUAUCACGGCCAGUCACAACUUCCCGCAACAACAGCAGCAGCAGCAGCACGGCAACGCCGGCGCACCUGCUGGCACCAGGCACGGUGGUCUUCAGGUGUCGUCCGCGCAGCAGCAGCAGCAGCAGCAGCAGCAACAGCAGCAGCAGCAGCAGCAACAGCAGCACCAGCAGCAGCAGCAACAGCCGCCGCCGACGUCUCACCCGGGCGUCUACCUGCCCGGCAAAGGCUACGCGGCAUGGUCAGGUGGGCCGCAAGCUCCUCAGCAAUGGGGCGCGGGCCCGCAAGCGGCAGCCGCGGUCGCCAGCCCAGCCGGCCUAUCACCCUGGAGCCGCGGCAGAUCCGUGCCGAAUCUACCGCCGCUGCACUCGUCCCUGCACGCCGCCGCCGCGGUGGCGGCCGCGGCCGGCCUUCAGGGUCGCAAGCCGAGCCCGACGUUUCCGGGUCAUCCCGGUCAGGCGGCGCAUCCAUCCUGCAUCAGUCCGGUGAAGUUUCGCCGGAGCACCUCGUACCCUGGCAAGGGGAGCAUCUACCCGCCCCAGCCGGCCCCCACCUUCGAAGUUACCGCCGCCGAGGAGAGAGAUCUGCUGCAGUUGCCGCCGUUCCAGCAGGAUCGUAUGACGGCUAAUGGCAACUCACCGUUGGACAACAUGAGGACCUUGGAACACUACCUGAGCGACAUUAUGCGAGCCGGCGCGGCGGACACCCAGGAACAUCUGAAAGGAUUCAUCAACUGCAACGCCAACACACUGCAGUCGCUCGCGCAGCUACACGGUAAAUCUCCGUUCUUCCCGAGUCUCGAGGAUCAGAGCGCUACUUUGCUGGAGGACCCGAACGCGCCGAGCCAGCUGGACGGCGUCGGAGUCGGCGUCGGGGUCGGCGUCGGCGUCGGCGUCGGCGUGGGCGGCGGUAUAACCGCGUCCCAGACGGCGCCGCUCUCAUCGCCGAGCCGGAGCAGUCCGCACAGCCAGGGCAGCGAAACGGGCGAACGUUUCUCCAGGAAAGUCUUCGUCGGCGGCCUGCCACCUGACAUCGACGAAGACGAGAUCACAGCUAGUUUCCGGCGAUUUGGUCCCCUGGUGGUGGAUUGGCCGCACAAGGCAGAAAGCAAAUCCUACUUCCCCCCGAAGGGUUACGCGUUUCUGCUUUUCCAGGACGAAGGCUCGGUGCAGCAGUUGAUAGACGCCUGCAUUCAGGACGAGGACAAGCUUUACUUAUGCGUAAGCUCGCCCACGAUUAAGGAUAAACCUGUACAAAUCAGACCAUGGCGGCUUAGCGACGCUGAUUUCGUGUUGGACGCAUCCAUGCCGCUGGAUCCGCGUAAGACUGUCUUUGUUGGCGGCGUGCCUCGGCCGCUCAAGGCCGUGGAGCUCGCCAUGAUCAUGGACCGGCUGUACGGCGGCGUCUGUUACGCUGGCAUCGACACCGAUCCGGAGCUCAAGUACCCCAAAGGAGCCGGCAGAGUCGCCUUCAGCAAUCAGCAAAGCUACAUAGCUGCCAUUUCGGCCCGCUUCGUGCAGUUGCAGCAUGGCGACAUUGACAAGAGGGUCGAAGUCAAACCGUACGUUCUGGACGAUCAGAUGUGCGACGAAUGUCAAGGUCAGCGUUGCGGUGGCAAGUUUGCGCCAUUCUUCUGCGCCAACGUCACCUGCCUACAGUACUACUGCGAACACUGUUGGGCGACUAUCCACUCCCGGCCAGGUCGGGAGUUCCACAAGCCACUGGUGAAGGAAGGCGCGGAUCGGCCUCGGGCCGUACCUUUCCGCUGGUGUUAACCCCAGCUGCGUUGUCCCUAAUUAUCUCGCAGCCCUAGCUAAUUAACUACCACCUCUAUCCACCAGUACCCUCCUGCCUCCCCUCACGUGCCCCCGAACCCUCACCCUCCUACCCACCUUUAUUACUUACUUACUUACCUACAACAACAAGAACACACAGCCUGAAAACCGCUAUUAAUACUACUACCACUCGAUCAUCACUACUACCACUACUCUACUAUUACCACUAUUAUUACUACUCUACUACCACUACUAUUACUACUACUACUACUACUACUACUACUACUACUACUACUACUACUAUUACUACUACUCUACUACUACUAUUCUAUUACAAAUUACUACUAUUACUACUACUACUACCGCUACUACUACUACUGCUAUUACUACUACUACUACUAUUACUACUACUACUACCACUACUAUUACUCCACUGCUACUACUUCAAGUUGUACCGGUUACUGGACGAAAAAAAAAGUCAGCCGCUGCUGCCUGUCAGCCGAUGCUUCUCAGAGCGUCGUUCCGACCUGCUACCUGCGACCCUGCCCGCGACCUCGCAACGACUCGCUCAUGCGAGUGUCGGUCGCGACACUCCGUUAUCAUCGUCAUCGUCGAGCAGGCCUUCACCCGUUAACGUAACGGCGAUCAUGCGCUCCUCGACGGUGGGAGACGCGGCGGGGGAGCAGCGAUCGGGCCGACAUCGUCGCCGGAAGAAGAGAAAGAGAGAGACAACACACACCACACACGCCGAGACCAGGACAGAAGAGAACACGGACACGGAUUCUCAGUAUAUCGAUUACUCGUACAUAUAAUACUAUCUGUCUGCGCUGUCUGUAAAAUGCACCGGUUCUGUCCGAGAUCGAGUAUCUUAGUUACCGCGUCUCUCGAGGAGCGAGAGAGGGGGAGGGGGGCCGCCCUCGCGCACGCACCCCGCCGUCGAGUCGGCCGAUCCUCCUCGAGUGUUUUACGAUGUCGCCAGCGCGAUUUGUGCGAUCCGGCUUGGCCCUCUCGCGUUCGCGGUCUCGCUCUCCUCGCCGCGAGGACAGCGCGAGCUUCUUCGAGCCGCGGUCGCUUCUCCUCCGGACUCGCGUCCGCCGCAUCCUCCGACAGCCGAAGUCCGCUCUUGGUUCGCGGAACGCGACCCGAACGGCGGCGAGCGGCUUUCCGCCGACCGGAGCGCGCUGCGGUCCGGCCGUUGUUCGCGCAAGAUCGAGUGAGAGCACGUGCUCCGCAUGCGGCGGCGGUGAGUCUCUCCGCGCGACAGACGAUCGACGACGCGAGUAUCUGAUCCGACGUGAAAGUAUGUCAGCGAAUGAGCGAGAGACUAGCCGGAGGACGAGAGGACGGAAAUGAAAGGAAGAGCGAAAGGAAGAUGCGUGAGAACGAAGCGUGAGGUAGCGAAGGCGCGAGAGAGGAAGCUACGAGAAGGAAAACGAUGCGCGCGGACGCGUCGCGGUAGCGGAAACUCGGAGGAGAGCGACGGCGAGAGGGAGCGAGAGGCGCACCGUGUUUUCGCAUUGGAUGUUAAUCGAUAAUGGAAAAAAAAAGCCACGCUUCAAACCGCUGUGUAUUAGAUAAUUCUCUGUAUAACACACAACACACAUCUAACAUACACACAUACACACACACACACACACACACGCAUACACAAACAGACAUACACAUAGUCUCUAGUUAUUAAGGACUUAUUAAAAUAUGUUACAUAUAGGUACGUUGUGCAACGCGUUUCUCGCGCGGAUAACGCGACCGUAUAGGGAGACACUUAAGAAAAAAUGAUUUUUUACUAAUUAACUUAUUCGAGUGCGAGAGCGAGCGAGAGAGAGAGAGAGAGAGAGAGAGAGAGAGAGAGGUAGGGAGAAAGAGAGAGUAUGAGCGAAAGAAGGAGUGGAUGGAUGGGUGAAUGAGCGAGAACGAGUCAACGAGUGAGUGAGCGAGAGUGAGAGCAAGAGUAAAAGGAAAUAUCGAAAGUGGAAUAUAAACAAAGAAGAAACAUAAAAACGGGACAAAUGGAGAGUCUAGAAAAGAGAAACCAAUGAGUCACGUAGACGACGAAAGGAAGGGUUGUAAACGGAGGUCAUUGAUACCGAUAGUUCAAUUUUCGACGCACACGCGCGCGCGCGCGCGCGCGCGCGAGAGAGAGAGAGAGAGAGAGAGAGAAGAAGAGAGAGAGGGAAGAGGAGAAGGAGAGAAAGAAAGAGAGCGUGAAGCGGUCGUGUGCGUCCGUACCGUACGGACGUGCUCCGGGUUGUCCAGACCUGCUUACAUUAGUCGUACCGGAUUCUCUGCCAAUACUUUCCAAAGCGGUGUGAGCAGCGACCUUCCCAACGAGCCUUCGCGGGAAAAGAAGGGAACAUGGCGCGAGGCGAACUUCUCUCGUCGCGUCUCUCGCUCUCGGAGAAUAGAGCAAGAGUGGAACGGCGGAGAGGCCAGGCUAAGAGACGAGAGAAAGAGAGAGGGUGGCCGCUGCUCGCGUCGCGAAAAAAGAGGGACGAAGGUCGAAGGCGGCUCCUGUGCGCGAGAGUGAGUAGGAUAAAUUUUACACACCCUGAGACUUUAUUACUACUACUACUACUACUACUACUACUACUGCUACCACUACUACUAACUAUUAUUACCACGUGUGCAAUAAACAGUCACUCUCCGUACCGACGAGACGAUCGAUCGGCUCGAGACUGAAGUCACUCGAUGACGAUAGAGAAUGAUGAUGUACAAAAGUAUGCGAGUAUCCACGAGACGGACGUCUAGGGAGAAUGUUCGAUAUUGUUUGUCGUACUAAGCUUAGGUCGUCGCGUGCCGACGCUCGGCGCUAGGUGGAACGUAUCGAAUAUUCUGCGUCUGGGCCCGUACGUUCCUCUUUGUUUGUUUUUUUUUUUUUUUUUUUCGGUAGAACGACGAGCGACGCGCGCCUCGCGGAUCUUUUCCCGUGGCGGAGGAGACCGAGCGAGAGAGGCGCGUCACGUCACGUGCCGGGAGUACCGUUCUCGAAACCAAAGUAGCGGUCGACUUUACCGCGAUUCGUAGGCGGUGGAGAGAGAGGGGGAGAAGAGGAAAAAGCAUAAAACAGCGAUAUAUCUCUCUGUAGAGAUCGUACCUAACUCUUACUCUUCAUACGUCCGAUAGAUGUUGGGGGAAGAAUGUGUGCGUGUGUGUAUAUCUGUGUGUGUGCGUGCAUGUGGCGCGUCCGAGGGGUCGCGUUUCGCGCGAAACACUAUAAUUAGAUUCGUAUUAGAGCCGCAUGUUGUCGCUCCUUGUACAUACCGACACCGAUCCCCCGCCCCGCCACUUUUAACCGAUCGAUUAAAGUAACCGACGAAUCAUCUUAUUGUUGAUCGCGCGACCGAAUGUGCACGAUUUUCUCUUUAAUCCCAGCAAGCAAACGAAACUUCUUCGCUCGGUGUAUAUAAUCAAACGCAAUGACGCAAUCGCUGUUAGUAUCGCGAGCAGAGGAAGAUUGAGGGGCCGAGAGAGGGAAAGCGAGAAAGCUCAACCGCGAGACCGGCCGCGCCGCUGUUCGCGGUUUCUAUUCCCGCGAGGAAGCUCAGAGUGCGGACAGUCUUGAACACAGCCGGCAACUCGGGUGAUCUCGUUGAGAAACGCGAUGCUUCCUACCGCGCGUCCUUUUCCAUGGAGGAGGAGAGACGGAGACUCCGGCAGGUCUAAUUAACGAUUUUUCGAUGCGACUUUUUGCCCGUUACGAAAACACAGCUUCCCGAGACGCGUACAAUUCGUCGCCGUUAGAAUCACGACCUCCGCAACGAGCUCGAUCUCGAUCGCGAAUUCGUUUCGCCGCGUCUUCGAGGAUCCGGUCGGUCGGAGCGCGGCUGCGCUAGUCUCGAGAAACAAAAGACCCGUUUGACGAUAUAUUUGAUAUUUUUAGGAUACUUUUGAUAACUAAUUAGUAGGCACAGGCUUUAGAGCUAAUACCGGAUCAUCUUUCAACGACCCUUUUGUUGUAUAAAAAAAGCGUCUCACAAUACUUGCGACAAUAGGCCGCGGGUCGCUCCGUCGACGGGAUUUUUCUCGCGAGAGUGGAAAGAUGGAGUGGAAAGAGAGCACGAGUGAGAAGAAUGCGCGCGCGUGGUGUGUGUGUGUGUGUGUGUGUGUGCGCGCGCGCGUACGCGCGCACGCGUGUGAAAGAGAAAGAGAGGAUGAGUGAGAGAGUGAGAAAGGAAGGCAGAGACAAAGGUCGAGGAAUAGGAAGCGUCGCGCUCGGAAUUCAUACGCGACGUUGUGCGCUCCGCUUGGUAGAUGAAAAAAAGACAAAAAACCGCAUAGCAGCAGCAGCAGCCGGGAAGACGUAGUUGACCUCUUAUGACGAGUCUCUCUCGCGAUACUCUUCUUCUACACGCGUAUCGGUCUCUUUGUCACACACGCAUAUACGACACGUGCAUAUAGAUGUUAGCGAGCGGGCGAUAUCAUGAUCGCGUGAGGAAACAUAAGUAUAUACGUAUGCAAUUCAGACGGACACGAGAACACACGGAAGGACACACGGCACAACACAUGUACACACGUACAGGCGAUUAAUACGACCAACGGAUUACGAUAUACGUUGCGUACGUGGAUCUAAGGAAGAAGGGACAAAAAAAGUAAUUUCCACAUCUAUAUAUAUACAUAUAUAUUUAUUUUUUUGGUACUCCUUUUUGUAUAUACUAUCUUGUCUCGCCGUGUAGAGAUUAGGCGGCGAUUUAGGACACCGCAUGGGGAAACGCGUUUUAUAGGUGGGAAAGGUGGUGCGGAAAAAAAGAUAACGAGACGUAGGCAGAGCGAGAGAGAGAGAGAGAGAGAGAGAGAGAGAGAGAGAGGGAGAGAGAGAAAGAGAAUAACGGCCGCGUUCAACGACGACCCUCCGUCCCUUCGUCUAAGACACGUUAUUUGGCCCGCGAGGACACGAAGAACGCGUAAAUGCAUUCAAUGUGGACGGGAGUCGCGUUGUAAAAGGGAGAAUAAUAAGAUAGCAAAAUAUGUGGAAGAUGAGGAACAUGGCUGUGGAAAGCGAGGGAAGAGACGGUGAGAAGAGGGAAGCGCUUCUCUGCUUGCAGCCCUCUUUGACUCGCUUUUCGAUGAAGCAUUGGCAGAGACCGAAGGGAUGAUAAUAUCCGAUCGCGAUCGACGAACAGAUCGGAUCGAUCGAGUCUGAUCGGAAGACGCGGGAGAUGAUAGAUAGAACGAUAAAAGUGGGAUGGUGUAGGGUGAAGAGGACAAAAGAGACUCGUCGAGUGCGCGUCACUCGUGCUGAGUGACGUUUUUCGGGCUGGAGGAUGGGGAAGAGGGCUAGAGGAGCAAGCGUUAGGUAUAAUUGUACACAUAUACAUAUAUUAGUUGAUAGAAGGAAUAUAUUGAAUUUUUCUAUCCGUUGCUAUCGCAAUAUUCUAAAUAGACAAUUGACCGUUUCUUACGCACUCGACGAAAUUCUUCGUAAGUUUCGACCGAAGAAAGAAAAGAAAACGAGAAAAGAAUCGAGGAGAAGCAGGAGGAGCAGGAGAAGGAGGAGGAGGAGGAAGAAGCGAUUUUUUUUAGAAAAGAGACCACAUUUUGUGAGCGACUUGGAAAAGAUCGCGAGAACGGAGGAGGAAGAAAGACGCGACGAGAUAGGCGAGAGAAGACGAACGCGAGUAUUAGUUAGCGCAAUUUUACAUACGAGCCAUCGUUCUUGUAAAUCGUGCGAGAGAGAAGGAGAGAGAGUGAAAGAGACGGAGAGAGAGAGAGAGAGAGAGAGAGAGAGAGAGAGAGAGUGUGUGUGAGAGAGACAGAGUGCGAGAAUGGCAUAAUCUGUGCGGCACACGCAGUGGAAGUAAAUAAAUUAAAACGCGGUUACGAUGAUAUGUGUCGUGCACGUAAAUUUAUAUAUAUACAUAUAUGUAUAUGAAGCGCUGGUGUGUUUGCGUGCAGAUCCGCACGUGCGAAUUGUGCGUGCGCGCGAACCGGCUCCAUAUAUUAGGCGAAAAAUUUUCUUAUCCCACAUUACGCGGAGGAGCACGAACAAGUACGCGUCGUCCAAGACGCUUGUGCGCCGCCACAAAACACACACACACACACACACACACGUAUGCAUUAGAACGUAUGUGUACGCGUGACACACACGCGGAACAUAUAUAUGCAUUACCACAUGCACACACGCACACACACACACAUACACAUACACACACAUCCUUCACUAAUCGAUCGAUAUAAUUGUAGCGAAACUUACCUAGGUACCAAUUUACCUAAAUCAAUUGAUAAUUAAAAGUAUAUAUAUUGAUAUACAUAUUAUAUAUAUAUAAAUAUAUAUUAUAUAGAGAGUAGCGUCGUGUUCCAAUACUUGAGCGCGCGAGUACUUGGACGAGGACCGUGACCGAUUUUUCUAGACAAAUUUUUCUAAUGUUGAAAAAAGGAUAAAACGUAUAAAAAAAAGAGGAGAAGCGAGCGAGAAAGGAGGACAAGACGUGUCGCCCCCCGUCACACGCGAGACAUUCGCUUCGUAUCCUGUUGCAGGAGCACGAAGGCACGCAUAAUCCUGAUCGACACAGCCACACGCACACAUACACACACAUAUACAAACGUACCACGUCGUACAUGUGCAACCAUACACAAUGUGACGCGGCAGAAAAAUCAAGUACACGUUUUUCUUCAAGCCACUCCAAAUAUACCCAUAUACACACACACACACACACACA